AGGAUGCUGAGAAACUUCUUGACAGGAGCAAGAGCUGUUGGAAAGAGUGGCCCACACUCCCUUGGAGGGAGCCUCCUCCUUUGGACAGAGGCUGCUUGGAUGGAGAAGAGUUGCUGCAGGGCAGGAUGGGGUUGGGCUGGAUGGCAUUUGGGGCUCUCUCCUUCUAAUUGUGAUGCCUCUAAGCGUGGCUCCAUUUCUCUGCUUGUGGAUGCCUCUGGAGGGAGGGGGAAAGGGAAGAGGGGAGUGUCAGGAGGCUCCCUCCCUGCCUUUUGUGUCUAUAUAGGGCUUGCAUUGCCUUGUAGAGGAAGAGGAGGAGGCGGCGGCUGUGCGCCUUAAAAGCCAAGAGCAGAGGCGCCUGGGGCAGCAGAGCAGGAGGAGGAGGAGGAGGCUGCAGCCCAGCGAGGAGCCUGCUUUCCUGGGGAGGGAGGUCUGCUUCCACCCCAAGGGCCCCGGGAGAAGGAGGAGCGGAGGAGGAAGGGCUUCGUGGUCCGGCAGGGGCUCUCCCUGGGCUGCGGCCGGGGAGGAUGCUGGAGGGCGGCUGGGAGGCGGUGGUGAAGGAGGGCGUGCUGGAGAAGCGGAGCGACGGCUUGCUGCAGCUCUGGAAGAAGAAGCGCUGCCUGCUGACCGAGGAGGGUCUGCUGCUGCUGCCCCCCAAGCCGGCCCCCUCCCCGGCGGAGCCGCCCUGCUCGCCCUCCUCGCCCUCUCCCCCUCCGCCGCGGGCCAAGGAGCUGCCCUUCUCGGCCAUGAAGACGGUGGACUGCGUGGAGCGCAAGGGCAAGUACGUCUACUUCACGGUGGUGAUGGCGCAGGGCAAGGAGAUCGACUUCCGAGGGCCCCAGGAGCAGGGCUGGAACGCCGAGAUCGCCCUCCGCCUGGUCCGCCACAAGAACCGCCAGGCCGUCCUGGCCGUCCGCUCCGGCAGGCAGAAGCAGCAGCACCUGCUCCUCCAGCAGCAGACCAGCCUCCUCGGACACCCCCCGGCCCUCCAGGGACAGGGCCCCAGGCUCCGCAGCGCCUCCAACCCCGCCUAGGAAAGCCCCCCGAUCGAAUUCAAGAGGCACUGCUGGAAGGAAGAGGGACCCUGUUUCUGUUGAUCACAAACUUGGCAAGCAGAAAGAUCAGAGACACAAAGAAGAACAUCCAUUGAGCCCCUGGAAUCUUCUCCAUUCUGACACAGACCAUAAUUGAUCAGAGGAAGCAUUUCAACUCUUAAAGGUUUUGAUUGCCACUUAGGAAAUGAUUGUUCGGCCUGCUGGGCCUCACAGGACAUAUGCUGUGCUAUCAUUUUUAUGCUCAUCUAUUUUAUUUUUUAUGUUUAUUUAUUAGCCGGCGGUGGGGGGGGGGGGGGAAGGUUGUGGGUAAGCUGUUUGCAAGGUAUUUCUGAAUGUAGGCCAUCUAGAAAGGAAUAAAAUACAGAGCGUAUUUGCAGUUGGGAUGUGUACAUAAAUGCUACCUUUGGAGAGAGAAAGCAACUGAAGAGGAAGGGGAUUUUUGGAGAACUAAAGACAUUUACCAGAGUAUUGACUUUCCAGCUGGCUUUUCCCAUCCUGUUUUACAUCGCUUUUCAUGUUAACAAGUGAAAGCCUAUUGUGAACUGAAUGUCUCAUAUACAGGUAUUUGCUUAUCAAAGCAUUUCCAUCAAGAUCAUAAGAAGAUCCUCUUCUCAAAGGAAAGACGUCACUUGGAAUUUAAUUUUUAGAUUAUUUUAAUUUUUGUUUUCCAUUCAUCCGGAGAGUAUUAUGUAUUUUGUAUUCAAAAUAUACCAUCCGUUGGGGUAUGCCACUUCUACCUAUUUCUGCUUCACACUUACGAAGCCUGAUUUGAUGGACUGUUGAGGAGUAUAGAGUUUAAAAUAUAUUGAUGCGAUUUCUUUUUAGAUCCAGGAUGGGCAAAGCACAGCCUGUCAGCUGGACUGCCAUUCUUAGCACCCCUCACUAUUGGCUAUGUUGGCUAGGGGUUGCUGGGAGUUGGAGUCCCAGUAGCAUUAGGAAUCUGUGUAUGAUUCCCACCCCUGUUUUACAUGAAACUCUGAUAGCUGAACCAUGCUGAGAAUUUCUUAUUGCACUUCUUUGUGUAAUUUGGGUCUUUGUCCAUAAUAUUUUACUUGAUUCUAUUUAUGUCAGUCUGAAAACUCCUCAGGCUCCAUUCUAAAGUUGUCCCAUCCACAAUGUCUUAAAAUGCUUAGCCAGGUAAUUUAUAUGUCAUUCUUAUAGCAGUGUUUCCUGGAUGAAUUUCAGGGUAACAUUUUCCAUCGCACUCUGCCACUGUCAUAACUCUUACUUCUGGGGGAAAAACUACAGUACAGUACUUGAAAAACCACAAAGCAUUAUAAAGUCUCUAUGAACAUCAAAGGUUUCAACAACUCAUUUUAUUUCCUUAAUAAGAGGGGUUCUACUCUGGAUUUCUUGGCAUUAGAGUCAAUAUGGCGCAAGUACGUCUCCUAACAACAUUAUUUUUAGAAGCACGGUUGUUAAAUUCAUUCAAGUAUAAGGAUUCUAUUUUAUUAAUUUGAUAAAAGGAGAGACAAGGAGAUCCGGGAACCUCUCUGUGGUCAUAACAAAAUAUUAAGUUAUAUACUCAAGUUUAUUGGGUCUGGCUCAUAAUUUUCAUACUUUUCAAUACAUUGUAAGCAUUAAGAAAGAAUGUCAUAGAAUGUUGUUAGCAAUCUUUAUUUUUCACAAGACGGAGGGAAUACUUGGAUGACAGCUUAUUUCUUUUAAUAACAGAUCCAGAUAAUAAUAUCCACUUUGUUAGCAAUCUACCAUGCAUAACUGACUGUAGUUGAUAAAAGAACCUUCCUCCAUCACAUCAGAUCAAGGUGCAAGAAAACUGAGGGCAGUGUCAAUGAAUUCAUGCUUAUCUUCUCAGCCAUGGUGGAUAUAUGGCUUAACUAUUUGUGGACAGCAACAGCUUUCUGUUGACAAACUUCAUUGUCAUCCUUAUUUUAUCUUGUCAGUGUUGAUAAUACAUGACUUCUAUGAUCAAGUUAUCAUGACUAUUUUUUUUCUUUCAUUAGUCUUCAACCAUAUAUAGCACUUUGAUACCACUUUAGCUGCCAUGGAUCCAGACUAGAAUUUUGCAAUUUAUAGUUUGGUGAGGCACUUUGAAUUCUCUGCUGUUGGUCAAAGUAGUGCACUGAGCUCACUAAGCAGAGAAUAGAAAGUAUUUUUUGUUGUUAUGUACCUUCAAGUUGUUUCUGACUUAUGGUGACCCUAAAGUGAACCUGUCAUGGGGUUUUAUGGAGUUUGGAGUGUGUGACUUGACCAAAGUCACCAGUGGAUUUCCAUGGCCAAGCAGGGAACCAAACCAGAGUCAUAAUCCAGUGUUCAAGCCACUAUACUACCAUGGUGAUAUUUUUUAUCAAAUUACAGAUCUUAGAAUUCUGUCAGAUGGGGCCAGGAAAGUUAAAGUAUCAAAAUGCUGUAACUGUGCAGUGUGGACACAUUCUUCAUUAAGCCUGCUGCACAUUGUAUUUACCCGUGGGACUUAAAAACAAAUUCCCACAGAAAACAGAGACCAGGAUACCCGAGCAUGGUUUUUUAGAUGUUUUGGAACCUCAUUCCAAGCAUCCUUGAACAAUAGCCAUACUGGGUGGAGCUACAGAAAAUUAUAGUCCAGAAAAGCUGCUUGUAAUGGGAAAUUUAGAUGCUGGUGCUGCUGGGGCUCUAAUGCCAAGAAAUAUCUUUGUAGUAUAUGCUGGGUUAUUAGAGGCCAUGUCUGGACUGCUUGAUACUUGGAGAACAACACAUUCAUGGUACGAUCUUGUGCACAUUUGCCUAUCAAUGGAAUGUACUACUGGUAACCAUGUAUAACAUUGUACACUUAGGUUCAAAUCCUAAAUCAUGUUUAUUGUUUAAUUAAGGCUACACUAUUUUAUUAUCUGGGAGUAAGCAUCAUUGUCCUCUAUGAGUCUUAUACUUGUAUAACCAUGCGGAAGACUAAAUUCAUUUGUACCUAGUCGCUUUAUCUCCAAGUAAAUCCUUGCCAUGGAUUAUGGCUGUAUAUCCCACUUGGGAUUUGUAAGCAAUGUAAUAAGAAAUCCUCAUUGCAAGGGAACAUGGCUAUAAAUAAUAGAAGGCUGAGAGUGGCAUAUUGGAAGUCAGGUUGUUAUUACAGUUUGGAAGGAAUAGCAUUCCAAGUUAAUUAGGCCUCUUAUGAGAAUAUUUAUUAAGCGAAAAGUGGUCAGCUGAGAUUACAGUCUGUAUCUUCAUUCAAGAGUGGUGCCAUAUGUGCAGACUUAAAGGCCAUAAUCUAGCAAGGAUAUGUGGCAUAUGGUGAUAUAGCCGCAAUGUAUGGUUUUGCACAUGUUCUUUUAUGUUUUUCCACAAUGCAGAGACCUAAACAAUUAAACUCAGAUACAAUGACUCCUUGCCAAUAUGCUUCCAUGUUGGAGCUUUACAUGUUUUAAUCAAAUGGGUAUUGGUGAAGAAUAAGAUGUAUCCUGCUUUAUUAUUUGCUUCUCGACAGUGCAUGUAAGAAACUGUUUUCAAUUUUAGAAGAAGGAAAAAUCAGCCCUGUGCUUUCUCUGUUACAUGUUGGAAGUCAUUUUUUUCUGCCCAACACAAAACAUCUUUUUUGUUUUGUUUGUUUGUUUAAACUUCAAGAUUUGUGAAUUCUGGCUUCUGCAAAAUAGCUGCAGCGACAUACCAAAACCUUUCUGGCAUAUUGUGAACUGAAACAAGUGUCACCAAACCAAUGUGUGUAAAUAUGAUUCGAAUACUUUCAGAGAAAUGUGAUUUAUUUUUCAAUAUGCAUUCCAUUUCAAAUAAAGAAGUAUCUAUUGA